GAAGAGACAGCUUUAUCAUUCGCAAAAACCCUAAAGGGACAAAAACAAGUUCAAACCUAAAAAGUUGACUGGAAACGGCUUAACAGAAAAGCAAAAUCCCCUGCGCUUGGACGGAUUCGAACCCGGACAGGCUGGAGGGCGCGAUAAAUACUAAGGAGAAAAAAAACAGGAGCGACGAGAAAGAGAGCCUUUGCUUGCCAUGGUUUUGCGUUGCCCGACGCAGGCAUUUGCUGCUCUGGGGUGACACCAAACCCUUUCAUUCAAUGCUGGCGCGUUGAAAUCGCAUUGGACUUUGAUGCGUUUCACCCACCGCUUUCUUUGAGUCUGCGCCUUCAUUCCUCCUCCAAGGUCAUCUUCGUCAAGAUUAUUCUUCCACUGGAAAAAAAUCUCCGCUCGCUCUUCCGCCAAGAACUCUGGAAAGGUCACCAAGGAGAAUCGUCCUGGUAAGUGGUGUCACUGAAGAUUCGAGAGUAGUGAUUGAGCUCUGUCCGUGUGUAGAUCGCGUUCGCAAUGUAGCUCGGUUUUGAGGGAGCGAUCACCGAUGGGCUCGAUGGUCUUCUUCGCUGCUCUGGCCACCUUCUUCGCGAUCGCUGCCACUGGAGCUUCUUCCUCGCCGGACUUGCAAUGGCUGCUGGAGCUCAAGGCCGGGUUCCAAGCCGACCCUUUGAACGCCACCGGCGACUGGAUUCCUCCGGAUCGUCACCGAAAUGGCAGCACCAGCAGCAGCGACCCCUGUUCGUGGUCCGGGAUUUCCUGCAGUGAUCACGCUCGAGUCACCGCCAUCAAUCUCACCUCCACGUCUCUCACCGGCUCGAUCUCCUCGUCGGCAAUCGCCCACCUCGACAAGCUGGAGCUUCUCGAUCUCUCCAAUAACUCCUUUUCGGGGCCGAUGCCUUCGCAAUUACCCGCCAGCCUUCGCAGCCUGCGCCUCAACGAGAACAGCCUCACAGGACCACUCCCAGCUUCCAUCGCCAACGCCACGCUACUGACCGAGCUCCUCGUCUACUCCAAUUUGCUCUCGGGCUCCAUUCCCAGCGAGAUCGGCCGCCUCUCCACGCUCCAAGUCCUCCGCGCAGGCGACAAUCUCUUCUCCGGCCCAAUCCCAGACUCGAUCGCAGGCCUCCACUCUCUCCAGAUCCUGGGCCUCGCCAACUGCGAGCUCUCCGGCGGCAUACCGCGCGGCAUCGGCCAGCUCGUCGCCCUCGAGUCGCUGAUGCUCCAUUACAACAACCUCUCCGGCGGUAUACCGCCCGAGGUCACACAGUGCCGCCAGCUCACCGUCCUCGGGCUGUCCGAAAAUCGCCUCACCGGCCCCAUACCGCGCGGCAUCUCGGACCUCGCGGCUCUUCAAACGCUCUCCAUAUUUAAUAACUCGCUGUCCGGUAGCGUCCCCGAGGAGGUCGGGCAGUGCCGUCAGCUCGUCUACCUCAAUCUUCAGGGCAACGAUCUCACGGGCCAGCUGCCCGACUCCCUGGCCAAGCUCGCGGCGCUGGAGACGCUGGAUCUAUCCGAGAAUUCCAUCUCGGGGCCCAUCCCGGACUGGAUUGGAAGCUUGGCUAGCCUGGAGAACUUGGCGCUAUCGAUGAAUCAACUAUCAGGAGAAAUCCCGUCCUCGAUCGGUGGCCUGGCGAGGCUGGAGCAGCUCUUCCUGGGAUCCAACCGGCUCAGCGGCGAGAUUCCUGGAGAGAUCGGGGAAUGCAGGAGCUUGCAGCGGCUGGAUCUCUCGAGCAAUCGGCUCACAGGGACGAUCCCGGCGUCGAUCGGGAGAUUAUCGAUGCUCACGGACCUGGUGCUCCAAUCGAAUUCACUGACGGGGUCGAUACCGGAGGAGAUCGGAUCAUGCAAGAACCUGGCAGUGCUGGCGCUGUAUGAGAACCAGCUCAACGGAUCCAUCCCGGCCUCGAUCGGCUCGCUCGAGCAGCUCGAUGAGCUCUACCUCUACCGCAAUAAGCUCAGCGGCAAUAUUCCAGCCUCGAUCGGUAGCUGCUCCAAGCUGACGUUGCUGGAUCUCUCCGAGAAUCUCCUCGACGGCGCCAUCCCUAGCUCGAUCGGCGGCCUUGGCGCGCUCACGUUUCUCCAUCUGCGAAGGAAUCGGCUGUCUGGAUCGAUCCCGGCGCCUAUGGCGAGGUGCGCCAAGAUGCGCAAGCUCGAUCUUGCGGAGAACAGCCUCUCCGGGGCGAUUCCCCAAGACCUAACGAGCGCCAUGGCCGAUCUGGAGAUGCUGCUGCUCUACCAGAACAAUCUCACUGGUGCCGUGCCGGAAUCCAUCGCCAGCUGCUGCCACAACCUCACGACGAUCAAUCUCUCCGAUAAUCUCCUCGGCGGGAAAAUCCCUCCACUUCUUGGAUCGUCGGGCGCGCUCCAGGUUCUUGAUCUAACGGACAAUGGCAUUGGCGGGAAUAUCCCUCCUAGCCUGGGAAUAUCCUCAACUCUGUGGAGGCUUCGUUUGGGCGGGAACAAGAUCGAGGGUUUGAUUCCGGCGGAGCUGGGGAACAUCACGGCUCUCUCUUUCGUGGAUCUCAGCUUCAAUCGCUUGGCCGGGGCCAUUCCAUCGAUUCUCGCGAGCUGCAAGAAUCUCACGCACAUCAAGCUGAAUGGAAAUCGGCUCCAAGGUAGGAUUCCAGAGGAGAUCGGCGGCCUCAAGCAGCUGGGGGAGCUUGAUCUGUCCCAGAACGAGCUCAUCGGCGAAAUCCCUGGCUCGAUCAUCAGCGGCUGCCCCAAAAUCUCGACGCUCAAGCUCGCGGAGAACAGGCUGAGCGGGAGGAUUCCGGCGGCGCUAGGGAUUCUCCAGUCGCUCCAGUUCUUGGAGCUCCAAGGGAACGAUCUGGAGGGGCAGAUUCCAGCGUCCAUUGGAAACUGUGGAUUGCUGCUCGAGGUAAACCUCUCCCGCAACAGUCUCCAGGGCGGGAUCCCGCGAGAGCUGGGAAAGCUCCAGAACUUGCAAACGUCGCUGGAUCUUAGCUUCAAUCGGCUCAACGGCAGCAUCCCUCCGGAGCUCGGCAUGCUCUCCAAGCUGGAGGUCUUGAAUCUGUCCAGCAACGCGAUCUCUGGAACGAUCCCGGAGUCCCUGGCGAACAACAUGAUCAGCCUCUUGUCGCUCAACCUCUCGUCCAACAACCUCUCGGGGCCUGUUCCUAGCGGCCCGGUCUUCGAUCGAAUGACGCAGAGUUCCUUCUCCAACAACAGGGAUCUUUGCAGCGAGAGUUUGUCAUCCUCGUCCACUUCCAGCAAGAGCAAAGUCAUUCUCCUCCCAGCAUGCAAAGGUUCGUCCAGCGAUCCGGGCUCUACGACUUCCAGCGGAAGCAGGCCACCUCAUCGAAAAAAACACCGGAUCGUUCUAAUCGCGUCGCUGGUGUGCUCGCUCGUCGCUCUCGUCACUCUGGGAUCCGCCAUCUAUAUUCUCGUCUUCUACAAGCGAGACCGUGGCAGGAUUCGUCUCGCUGCUUCCACAAAGUUCUACAAGGAUCACAGGUUGUUCCCGAUGCUCAGCAGGCAGCUCACUUUCAGCGAUCUGAUGCAAGCCACGGACUCGCUCAGCGAUCUCAACAUCAUCGGAAGUGGUGGAUUCGGAACAGUGUAUAAGGCGAUUCUACCAUCGGGCGAAGUUCUGGCCGUGAAGAAAGUUGACGUCGCCGGAGAUGGAGAUCCGACGCAGGACAAGAGCUUUCUCCGCGAGGUCUCGACUCUGGGCAAGAUCCGGCACAGGCACCUCGUCCGCCUCGUCGGCUUCUGUUCGCACAAAGGCGUCAACUUGCUCGUCUACGACUACAUGCCCAACGGAAGCUUGUUUGAUCGGUUACACGGGUCGGCCUGUACCGAGAAGAACAAUGCGGGUGUUUUAGAUUGGGAGUCGAGACACCGGAUUGCCGUUGGUAUUGCCGAAGGGAUCGCUUACUUGCAUCACGACUGUGCUCCGCGGAUCGUUCAUCGUGAUAUCAAGUCCAACAACGUCUUGCUGGACUCCCGGGAUGAGCCGCACCUAGGCGACUUUGGCCUGGCCAAGAUCAUUGACAGCAGCAGCAGCUCUCACACACUGUCCGUUUUCGCGGGAUCCUAUGGUUACAUCGCUCCAGGUACGUACUUCCGUAAUGUUUCUUCAUUGUGUCGAAGUGCUAUUAUGCCUGUUGCCUGUUCUUCCGUUUUUUCUCCUUGCUGUUUAGAUUUGCAAGUUCUCUAUCUAUCCAGCGGUGUUCUCAUGGCUUUCUGUUUCCUUGCAGAGUACGCGUACACAAUGCGUGCGUCGGAGAAGACGGACAUCUACAGCUUUGGAGUGGUUCUCAUGGAGCUGGUGACUGGCAAGCUCCCUGUGGAUCCAACUUUUCCAGACGGCGUGGACAUUGUAAGCUGGGUGCGGCUGAGGAUCAGCCAGAAGGCGAGCGUGGACGAUCUCAUCGACCCGCUGCUCCAAAAGGUGUCCCGGACGGAGAGGCUGGAGAUGCUGCUGGUGCUCAAGGCGGCACUCAUGUGUACGAGCUCGUCGCUCGGGGACAGGCCGAGCAUGCGCGAGGUUGUGGACAAGCUCAAGCAAGUGAAGCAGGAGAACUGGAUAGUGUCGAUCGACUGUGCCGACUUGAUGGAAAUCCUGGAGCCGUCGGAUAGCAGCAGCGGCAGCGUCAGCGCGACAGGGGCAGGACACCAGUUAUGAGAGCCUUCGACAUAAAAGGCAUGGUGGUGAUCAUGAAAUGGCAGACUUUCCAGGAUGAGCGAUGAUCAGCUUUGCGAAACAAUGGCUUGGCCAGAUCUGGAAACUUUGGUGCCGUGAUGUGUUACUCCGGAAGUUAUGAAGCUCGUCCAGGCCGCGAGAUCUGGC